GCCACACUGGCGAUGAUGGAGGCGGAGGAAGCGGCGCGGCUGCGGGGCGGUCUCCGGUCGGGGCUGCGCGUCCUCCGUGAGCAGCACCAGGGCUGGCGGGACACUCUGGCCGCCUGCUUGCCGCUGCUGCGGACCCUGGGCAAUGUGGCCUUGCAGGCGGAGGCGGCGCGGAGGGUGUCUUUUGGGGAGACGCCGCUGCGGGCCUUCACGCGCCUGCCGGAGCGGCUGCGGCUGAAGCAGCGGGCGGGCAUGGAGGCCCUGCUAGCGGAGCUGCGCCAGGAGAAGCUGCCGGCGCUACUGGAGCCUCGGGAGGCCGUCGGCGCGUGUCUGGUGCCGCUGCUGGCGCUCGGGGGCCCCGACGCGGCCCCAGCCCAGCAGCCCCGCGCACCCUUCCCGGCCUGGGCCGACCUGGUGGUCGGGCUGUUGGACGCCGAGGCGCUCUACCACGUGGUGUACUUGGAAGCGCAGCUGCUGCUGCUCUCGCUGAGCUACCGGGAUGUGGCAGGGAUGCAGGUGGCCCCCCAGGCCUGGGAGCGGAUAAUGCAGCACGGGCAGCGAGGAAACCGCGUGGAAGAAACGUUGCUGAAAGCCACCUUCUUCCUGGAGGACACCUGAGAGCACAAAGCAGCUUGUUUGCUCAGCCCCAGUGAAGGAUUCUUCAGGAAGAGCUGGCCGGCCCUGCUAUUCGAAGGCCCCUGGACUUGGAGUCUGCCUUGGAGUGAGCCCCACUUGCAGGAUUGUGUGACUAUUUAAUUUCUAACCAAUUUAGUUGUAUUUAUUUUGUUUAAUGACAAUAAAGACUAUACUGUACUAUUGCA